UUGAAAUUCUUCAAAUAGGCUUAGCUUUCGAAAAGGACCACACUUGUUGCUUGCAACGGAUAACGUCUACCAAAUGAAAGGUUCAAAAUCCAUCACAGCUCCAUAUAAAAUUCCGACCCCUUGUUCUCUCUUUUGACAAGAAAAAGAUGAUCGCCUUCAAAGCCAUUAACGCCUCCUUCGCCCCUACAAAGCAAGCCCUUUUCUACACUGGAAGACCAACCACUCUAAAGAAUUCAAUCCUCUGCCUUUGCAAGUCCAAUGAUCCUGAUUCUGAGGGCUCCCCAGCUGAAGGUGAUACUCGUAAGCAAGAGCUGCUCGCCAGAAUUGCUAUGCUUCAAGCACAAAAAGUUCGUCUCACUGAUUACUUAGACGAGAGAUCUGCUUAUCUAACUCAAUUUGCCGAAGAAGCCAAUGCUGAAUUCGAUAAAAUUGGAGAAGACGCUCUCAGAGGACUCGAUGAAGCUGGUUCCAGGAUAAUGGAGAACAUAGAAAGCCAGAUGCAAGCUUUUGAGGAAUCUGCAGAAUUAAACAAAAGAGAAAUUGAGGAGAAUGAUAAUAAGGUAGCAGAUUUUGAAGGUCAAAUGGUGAACGACAGGAAUGAAGGAAUGUUCUUCAAGAAUCUAGGCCAGAAAAAACCUACUGAUAAAGCCAAAGCUAAGGUGGAAACAGAGAGGAUUAAAGAUCUUACAAAAGCAAAAGCUGGAUCCAAAACCAGAAAGAGCAUAUACCUUGCUCUAAUGGCGGUGAUAGUCAUAGCUAUUGCUGAUUCUUUCAUGUCAUCUGCCCCUGAUUGGCGGAAAGUUGCUGUUCUUGGAGCAAUUUUGGUGGGUUUGAUCACUCAGUUCACCUACGAGCAGAAACUGUCAUCAGAGUUAGAAAGUAUAGAGGAAACAGAGAAGGAAAAAAAGUGAGUUCUUUCCCCUCUAUUCUAAUGAAGUUUAAGCUGUAAAAUACUUGGCCAUAACACUUUCCAAUGAAUAUAGCAAGAUACAAUAGCCCCAAAUGAAAACUUACAAUUAGGGUUUGAUACAUGAAGCUAUUUUCUUUUCCUCAUUCA